ACGAGACAAACAUGGGAAGUUUGAGGGUUCUCAUGUAUUUCAUGUUUUUUGAUGUUAUCGUUUUUGUUCAAAUGACUCACUGCCAAAGCAAAAUCUGCCUUCCGGAGAAGCAAGCAGCCUUGUUCAUAUUUGGAGACUCACUAUUUGAUUUCGGAAACAACAACUACAUCAAUACCACCACUUUUCUUCAGGCAAACUUCGAUCCGUACGGCGAAACUUUCUUCAAGUAUCCCACCGGAAGAUUUUCCGAUGGACGGGUCAUCCCAGAUUUCAUUGCUGAAUAUGCCAAGUUACCACUGUUACUACCAUAUCUGCACCCAGCAACGUUCGAGGAUUACUAUGUCUAUGGGGCAAAUUUCGCAUCAGCAGGAGCUGGAGCUCUGGUUGAAACUGGUCUAGGAGCUGUGAUAAACCUGAAAACUCAAGCAAGCUACUUCAAACAAGUGAGCCAGAAAUUGAGACAGAAACUGGGAGAUGAAGAAGCCAAGGCAUUACUUGCGAGAUCUGUCUACAUCUUUGACGUUGGAGGCAAUGAUUAUGGAAGUCCUUUCUUGGCGAACUCAAGUUCUGUCAUUCUUCCUUAUCCUCAACAACAAUUUGUUGAUUUUGUGAUUGGCAACAUAUCAAGCGUCAUCAGGGAGAUUUAUGACGAAGGUGGGAGAAAAUUCGGAUUAUUUAAUGUGGGGCCUUUGAGUUGUUUUCCAAUACUUAGGAUGCUUAAAAAUGGAAGCAGUUUAGAUGCAUGCCAGGAAGAAGGAGCUUCAGCACUUGCAAGAUUACACAGAAGAGAUCUUCCCAUAAUGCUUCAGAAUCUCGAGAAACAGCUUGAGGGAUUCAAGUACUCCCUUACUGACUAUUACAAUGCUCUCAUUGAAGUAAUGGAAGAUCCUUCCAAAUAUGGUUUCGAAGAAGGAGAAGUGGCCUGCUGUGGAGGUGGGCCAUACAGAGGAGAUUACAGCUGUGGAGGCAAAAGAGGGAUUGAAGAUUAUGAGUUGUGUGAGAAUGUCAACGAACAUGUCUUCUUCGAUUCUAUUCAUCCAACAGAAACUGCUGCUCAACAUUUUGCCAACCUCAUGUGGACUGGAACUGGAAAUUUCACUCACCCUUACAAUCUGAAACAACUCUUCGAAUUUCAUGUUUGAAUUUCAAUAGGAAGAAGUUGUUGUGAAGAUAGUCCUUCUCUCAUCACAUGCGCACGAGAUAUUAUGGAUUUGUAAUUCCAAGCUGUUAUCAUUUUGAUCAAAUAAAUAAACAAGAUUACUUGUGCUUCAUCCU